AUGUCAUACGCAUUACUUGAAAUCCCAGCAGCACGAUGGUUGUUUGCUGCUGCUACUAUAGUAUCAAUCGCCGUUGUCUUCUUUAUACCAAUUCUUCAGAGACAAAUAGCUCUGUGGAGGCUCCCUCUGGUUGGAAAAGAGAAAUGGGAUUCUAAGACACGCCUAGUCAAGUAUCUGACGAGCUGUGAGCAAGUCUAUGAUGAGGGCUAUCGUCAGUUCCAGGCAGGAAUAUUUAGGGUCACAAGCAACAUGGAGUUGCCAACUGUAUUCGUCGGCCCAAAGUACCUGAAAGAGCUCAGCAAGAUGCCCGAGUCUUCCUUCAGCUCUCUAAGCGCAUUCCAAGAACUGAUGAUGGUCAAGUACACCAAGGUUGAAGCUACUGCGCCAGUUAUUGCACAUACCGUAAAGACCCGGUUGACACCGUCGUUGGCAAAAUUAAGCGGAUAUCUGGACGACGAAGUGAGAAGUGCCUUGACCGACGAGCUUCCAGACUGCGACGACUGGACCAAUGUGCAAUUCUCCGAGAAACUGAUCCGGGUUGUUUCUAGAGUCUCAGGUAGAGCAUUCGUUGGCGCGAACCUUUGCCGAUCCGAGGAGUACAUUGACCACACUAUCAACUAUACCAGAGAUGUCAUGCUUGGUGUACACGCAGUCGGCCAAGUCAAGAAAUGGCUUCGUUCCCUCCUCGCCUCGAGUCUACCGGAAAUCCAGCAGCUGAACCGUCGACGCAAGCUAGCGGCGGACUUCUUUAUGCCCGUCGUUCUUGAAAGGAUAGAAAAGGCCAAGCAGGACAAACCUGAGGACCUCUUGCAGUGGCUUAUAGACAUGCAAGCUGCCAAAUACGGUGACAUUUCUGCUAGCGAGUUGGCCAGGAAGCAGUUGGACAUCAGUUUCGCAGCGAUUCAUACCACAAACGCCGUGGCACUCAAUACUAUCUAUACCCUAGCGGCUAUGCCAAAGGUUCAAUCAGAGAUUCGGGAGGAGGUUCGCACUGUAUUAUCUGAGAAUAAGGGCGAGUCUGAAUAUUCAGCGGUCCAGAAGAUGAAGAAACUCGAUAGUUUCAUCAGAGAGAGUGUUCGAUGUUAUCCCAUCGGCGCUGUGGCAUUUCGCAACAAAACUUUAAAACCGAUUGGUUUGUCCGACGGAAUAGUGUUGCCUGAGGGGAUUAUUGUAGAGACGUCGGUGUCUGCAAUUGGUAAAGAUCCGGCUUUGUUCGACGACCCUGAGACUUUUGAUCACUUGAGAUUCUACAGCUCGCCAGAGAAAAUUGGGGAUACAACAGUUGACUCAGUGGCCAAGAAAUCAAUGGUGACAGUAGGGCUUGAUAACCUUAUUUUUGGGUAUGGGAAGCAUGCUUGUCCAGGCAGAUUCUUUGCGGUCCAUGAGAUUAAGGCUAUUAUCGCUGAAAUGGUGAUGAGGUUCGAGUUUAGUAAUACCGGAGACUACCCAGGAAGAUAUCCUAAUCUUAAGCAUGGUGCAUUUUUCGAGCCAGACAGGUCGAGGCACCUUUUACUAAAGAAGAUUGAUUUACAAGUCUAA